AGCAUAGGUUUUUGCAUAAACGAUUUUUAAAUAUUGGAGUUCUCUUUUGUGUGAGUGAGAGCCCCUGCAGUGGAAGUGUCCGUCAGCUGGGAAAGGUGGGGUCAUAUUACAGGAAGCCAAGAUGGCUGACUUUGAGGAGCCACUGUCAGAUGAAGAGAAGGUCCGCAUAGCGGCAAACUUUGUGACUCAUGCUCCACCCGGAGAGUUCAAUGAAGUCUUCAAUGAUGUUCGACUUCUUCUCAAUAAUGACAACCUCCUCAGAGAGGGGGCUUCCCAGUCCUUUGCUCAGUACAACAUGGAUCAGUUUACUCCUGCCAAAAUCGAAGGAUAUGAAGACAUGGUCCUGAUAACAGAGCAUGGUGAUUUGGGUCAGGGGCGAUUCCUGGACCCACGUAACCGUUUAUCGUUCCGCUUCGAUCACUUGAGGAAAGAGGUCAGUGAUGUGCAGCCCCAUGAUGGAGAGGGGGCCCUGCGAAGCUGGAGAGAUGCCUGUGACACUGCCCUUAGUGCCUACGUCAAAGAGCACUACCCUACAGGAGUCUGUACGGUGUAUGAGAAAACAGUUGAUGGUCAGCAGACAAUUAUAGCCUGCAUUGAAGGACAUCAGUUUCAACCCAAAAAUUUCUGGAACGGCCGCUGCAGGUCAGAGUGGAAGCUCACUCUUGGUCAGUCCUCUGCUCAUGUGGUUGGAGUUUUGAAAAUCCAGGUGCAUUACUAUGAAGAUGGGAAUGUCCAACUGGUUAGUCAUAAGGAGGUUGAAGACUCAGUUGUGGUGACUAAUGAAAGUCAAACCGCAAAGGAAUUUGUUGAAAUAAUUAGGAAUGCUGAAAAUGAAUACCAGACUGCAAUCAAUGAAAACUACCAGACUAUGUCUGACACGACCUUCAAGGCUCUGCGUCGCCAACUGCCUGUAACGCGCACCAAGAUCGACUGGAAUAAGAUCCUAAGUUACAAAAUUGGCAAGGAGAUGCAGAAUGCCUAGUGGAGGAAGGUCGGGGACUGACCAGGAUGAUGCACACUCCCAUGGGCCCACAACCCAUCUAUAUAUGCGCAAGGACUAACCAAAGCAUAACUAUAUUAAUGUGGGGAAGGAAGUAAAGUAAAAUGUAACUCAAUGUUAGCGGGCUGCUGUCACAGAUGGGUCUGCUGUAAGGAAGGUGCAGGUAUUAUGAAAAUAAUGUUUUGGAGAAAAGGUUUUACUUUUGAAUAUGUGUUGGGACAGUGUGCAGGGCUGUGCUCAGGACUGCUUCAUUAAAAAAACAACAAAA